AUGGGUAUCAACAAUCCUAUUCCAAGAAACUUGCGCAGCGAGUCCAAUAAAGCAGCAAAGAUCCUCGCAUCGUUCAUCAAACCAAACCAAGUGGCAGGCCCCGACCAGAUCAUCCCUCCACAUGUGUUGAAGAACGCCAAGGGGUUGGCCAUCAUAACAGUCUUGAAGGCCGGGUUCCUUUUCUCAGGAAGAGCCGGCUCGGGAGUCGUGGUGGCAAGGUUGCCUGACGGCACCUGGUCGUCGCCUUCGGCCAUCGCAACCGCUGGUGCAGGUGUGGGUGGUCAAAUAGGUGCUGAAUUGACUGAUUUCGUCUUUAUCUUGAAUUCCAAGUCCGCCGUGGACUCCUUCGCCCAGUUAGGUUCUGUCACCUUGGGUACCAACAUUUCGGUUGCGGCUGGUCCAUUGGGAAGAAACGCCGAGGCUGCCGGUACCGCAUCCUUGAAGAGUGCCUCUGCGGUCUUUGCUUACUCCAAGACCAAAGGAUUGUUUGCCGGUGUGUCUUUGGAAGGCUCCGCUAUCAUCGAGAGAAGAGAGGCCAACAGAAAGUUUUAUGGCUCAAAUUGCAAGGCGAGAAAUAUUUUGGCCGGCCAAGUUGAGGUUCCUCCUGCUUGUGACAAGCUCAUGAGAGUCCUUGAAAGCAGAGUUUUCAACAACAGUUUGCCAUAUGAGGAAGACGACGAUUAUUACGACGAUAUUCCAGACGACUUCAGCGAUAGUACCUCAGAGACUUCUCCAUCCAGAAGAAGACGUGGAAACAGUGCUGGUGGCUUUGGACGUGGCUCGAGUAGAAGAUAUUCAGAUGACUACUCAGAUCAAGAGUCUGAUGACUCUUUUGAAAGAAGACAUAGAAAUAGAAGAAACACCACCUCAUCCAGGAUAUCCCAAACUGACAGUUCAACCAGAAGGUCUGCUUGGGAAGAUGAUAUCUACGACAACCCAAGAAGAAAUGACGUGGAUAACUUGGGGUCUAGAUUAAGCAACACCAGAAUCUCUUCGAAUGGCAGUGCCCCUUCACGGCCUCCUACAUCUUCCAAGCCAAACUUCGGAGCUCUGGCUGUCAAAAAUUCAAACCAGGCAAUUGCGUUAUACACUUUCCAAGGUGAGCAAAGUGGAGAUUUGCCCUUCAAAAAGGGAGAUGUCAUUGAGAUAUUGAAGAAGACAGAAACCCUGGACGACUGGUGGACUGGUAGAAACAAUGGUAGUACCGGUAUCUUCCCGGCUAACUACGUAGAGUUGAUCUAA